AUGACCAAAUACUCAUGCUAUCAGAGUGGAACAAAGGUGAAAAAAAAAAUUAGCUUUGCAAUAAUUCUCUGAAGCAACGAACAGACCAGACACACAGAUUUACUGUACACACAGAACAAUACCAGAACAAAAACGGAUCCAAAGAGCUUUCUUUUUAAGGUUACUGGAACUUUACUGUUGAUUCCAAUGGAAAAUGCCAAGAAAUCCCUUGAUGUGUUCGCAACCUCCCUUUCAAAAUGCAUAUCAGCCUGCGGUUCUAUGACACAUCAGCUCUUACCACGUUGGCCUCAGCACUCCAGACCCUUUCGGGUCCUCAACUCUGACCGCUCCAUUAAGAAAGGCAUCAUGGCCAAUGACCUGAGAGACCUACAGAACAAGGUGAUGGAUAUAUUCCACAUGCACUGCAUCAGGGCUUUAGUGUUGGAUGAGGAUGGAACUGGAGUGGACACAGAGGACUUUUUUCAAACCUUAAAAGAUAACACUGUCCUAAUGGUUUUAGGGGAAGGACAGAAGUGGGCUCCACAGCAGAAACACCUUCCGGGUCAGAAGAAAGUAGAAAGGAAACAUACAACCAAGAGAGAUCCUGGAUGUGGCUGGAAAAAACCAAGGAAAGACGUUGCCAAACUGACUUUUGAUCUUUACAAAAAUCACCCACAGGAUUUUAUUGGCUGCCUAAAUGUGCAGGCAACAUUGUAUGGAAUGUACUCUGUGUCAUAUGAUUUGCAGUGCUAUAAGGCAAAAAGAAUGCUAAGGGAAGCCCUAAGAUGGACUCUCUUCACUAUGCAGACUACAGGCCAUGUUUUAGUAGGAACUUCAUGUUAUAUUCAGCAUCUUAUUGAUGAGGACGAGAAAACGGAGGCACAACUGAUAUCGCCUGCAUGCAUCAUCAAGCAGUUACAACAUUAAAAGAUGGUGUUUCACGGCUAGGGCAAACUAACCACUGCACUGUGCACUGCUUGUUGAUUUAAUGUUUCAUAAAAUGUAUAUUUGUGAGUUAUUAACUUCUAUGUAAACAGCAAAAUGUACAGUUAAAGUUAACAAUGUUUAGACAUAAUAUAUAUACAGUAUAUAUAUAUAUAUAUAUAUAUAUAUAUAUAUAUAUAUAUAUAUAUAUAUAUAUAUAUAUAUAUAUAUAUAUAAAAGAAAUUAAACAUUUAAAUGUUAUUUAAUUUAAUUUGGCUUUAAAUUUUAAUUCCCAUCCUCACAAAAUUGUAAACCCAACUCUUAUAUGUGAGAGGUUACACCACUCUUGAAUUUUCAAUUUCAUGAACAUGUCUGGGGGCUGGGUACACAAGGUUACAUGUGGUUUGCCAUUGCAAAGGACGAUCAGCUGUCCUUCCUAUCUCCCUUAGGCAUCUUACAUUACGGAUACUGAAGUUUAUUGCUCUGGCCACAUCUGCAGUCCUCAUGCAGUCAAAGUCAGUAUAGGUCUCUUUAAUGUCUAUGGUUUAAGGUUUUUUGAUGUAUAAAAAAAGUCUGAAAAAAAUGUUUAAACCCUUUAAAAAUAUACAUAUGUAAAGCUUAUUUUGAUUUUACCAAAUUAUCUUUAAAAUACAUUAUCCUGAAAAGGG